AUGUCAAAUCUCUGCCAACUUUUUCUCCUAGCCACCUUAUUGGUGGUGUAUAUAAAACAGUCACAGGCCGUUUGUGGCUAUGAGGCAUGUCCAGCAACAAAGGCAAACAUGAUCAAUAUUCACUUGGUGCCGCACUCCCACAACGAUGUGGGUUGGCUUAAAACAGUGGAUCAAUCCUAUUACGGCUACAAGAAUAAGAUCCACCAUGCUGGCGUUCAAUAUAUCUUGGAGAGCGUAGUGACCCAGCUUAUCGAAGAUCCCAAACGCCGAUUUAUUCAAGUAGAGACAGCCUUCUUUGCCAAGUGGUGGCAGGAUCAAUCGGAGACCAUGAAGCAAGUGGUCAAGAAGCUGGUCAACGAAGGACGCCUCGAGUUCACUGGUGGAGCUUGGAGCAUGAAUGAUGAGGCUGCUGUUAACUAUCAGGGUGUGAUUGAUCAGUUUACAGUGGGUUUGAAGUUCCUUAAUGAGACAUUUGGAGCAUGUGCUCGUCCUCGAGUUGGCUGGCAAAUAGAUACUUUUGGCCACUCCCGGGAACAGGCUGCCAUAUUCGCAAAUAUGGGUUACGAUGGUCAGUUCUUUUCGCGAAUGGAUCACAACGAUAAGGCCACUCGCUUGAAGGAUUACAUGGAAAUGAUCUGGGAUGCCAGCGAAUCGUUGAAUGGAGUUAAACUGUUCAGCGGAAUGCUCUACAACUUUUACUCGGAUACUCCAGGGUUCUGUUUUGAUAUUCUUUGCACUGAUCAACCCAUUAUCGAUGGCAUAGCUGAGAAUAAUGUCCAGUCCAGGAUAGAUGGCUUCAUCAGUUAUGCGGAAGAGAUGUCAAAGCAUUACUUGACAAGCCACAUAAUGGUGCCAAUGGGUGGGGACUUCCAAUACGAAGAUGCUAAGGUCAACUACAAGAAUAUGGACAAGCUAAUCAAGUACAUCAACGAGCGCCAGGCAAAUGGUUCCAUUUACAACAUUUUCUACUCAACACCAAGCUGCUACCUGCACUCUCUACAUCAGAGCCUGGAGACUUGGCCAAACAAGACCCAGGAUUUCUUUCCGUAUGCCCAUGAGCCCAACAGCUUCUGGACUGGCUUCUUCACAUCCCGUCCUACCCAGAAAAGAUUCGAACGUGAAGGCAAUCACAUACUCCAAGUGGCCAAGCAACUAAGUGUCUUGGCCAAUCUAUCCAGUGAGCAGAAUAACAAGGACUUGGAAAAUCUACGCCAGACCAUGGGUGUGAUGCAGCACCAUGAUGCCAUAACUGGAAGAAAGCAAGCAGUUUCUGAUGAUUAUGAUCGUCUUUUAUAUGAAGCCAUCUUGGGAGGCACUAAUAUCGCAAGGGAUGCUCUUCGUAAACUAACUAAUCUUCCUAAUGGAGAAUUCGAAAGUUGCCUGAAAUUGAACAUCAGUGAAUGCGCUUUUACCAAGGAUGGAGCUGAUAACGUUGUUGUGACUUUGUAUAAUCCUUUGGCUCAUAUCUCCACACAGUAUGUGCGUAUUCCUGUCAAGGAGGAGAGCUACCAAGUCACAGAUGAAAAGGGAAACAUUGUUGCUUCGGAAGUGAUGCCAGUCCCCUGGCAGGUUCUGGCCUUAGAUCACCGUCUAAACAAUACUCAGCACGAGUUGGUCUUUAAGGCCACAGUUAACAAAAUAGCCAAUUAUUAUAUCAAAAAAUCAGAGAAUCCAGAAGGUACAACAAUUACUAAACCACGUGUUAUCGAAGGCACUGAGACUAUUGUUGAGAAUUCACUCAUAAAACUGGUGAUUGACAAUGAAACAGGUUAUCUGAAGAGCCUUGAGAUGAAUGGUGUCUCAGAAAAACUAGACCAAAACUUUGGCAUAUAUUUGGGUCGUGCUUCUUGUGCUUACACUUUCCGCCAAAGCAGCGACAUUCAGAUCUUUAAAAACAACUUUGACUUCAUUUACGAGGGAACUUUGGUCAAGGAAAUUCAUCAGCAUGUAAAUGAGUGGAUCUCCCAAGUCAUUCGAAUCUAUGAGGGCAUCAAUCGAGUGGAGAUUGAAUGGCUCGUAGGACCCAUACCUGAUGACGAGAUGGGCAAAGAGUUUGUCACCAAUUUCCAGAGUGAAAUUUCCUCAAAAGGAGUCUACUACACUGAUUCCAAUGGUCGUGAGUUGAUGAGACGAGAGAAGAAUAAGCGGGAGGACUUUGUUUCCAAUUUGACCCUUCAAGCUGUGAGCGGUAACUUUUAUCCUGUGACAAGUCGCAUUGCUUUGCAGGACAGAAAGCGGUUGGUCCUGCUUAACGAUCGUUCUCAGGGAGGAGCCAGCUUGGAAGAUGGUCAACUAGAGAUGUUACUUCAUCGCCGCCUGUUCUUUAACGAUGGCGGUGGAGUUGGCGAAGCUCUGAACGAAACCCAAUUUGGCAAAGGCUUGAUUGCACGAGGAAAACUAUACCUGAUCCUCGACUUGGUGGAAGAGGGAAAUAUAGCUGAGCGUGUGACUGAGAAGGAGCUCUUUAUUCCAUUUUGGAAAUUCUUCAGCAAGACCACUGAUACUGGAAAGGCAGUAACUAAAUCAAUUCCAGACUUUAAUGACCUCCCUCAGUCUGUUCAUCUACUCACUCUCGAGCCCUUCACAGAGAAUGAAAUUUUGCUGCGCCUUGAGAACUUUUUGGAUAAAACCGAGGGACAUGUUAUAAUUAAUAUUUUACAUAUUUUUAACAGUCUUGGCGGCCAGGAGAUUCGGGAGACCACUUUAGAUGGCAACAUGCCAUUAAGCCAGAUGAAGCGUUUCAAGUUCCAAGCCCAGAAUUCUGGAAGUUUGACCUCAGAAGUCGAGUACUUCACGGCUCCGCACAAGUCUCUGGAAGCUAAUAAGUUUGAUGAAGCUUCUGAAUUCACUGUCACCUUGUAUCCCAUGCAAAUACGUACUUUUGUAAUCAAAACGGAGUAA